CAGCCUUCUGAAACACUAUUCCAAUGGAUCGGUUCCAGAUGGAUGAGUGGAGCUAGGCGGAACGAAAUUCAUCUGCCAUCUGGGUCAGGUUAAAAGCCCACUGCUAAUGAGGGUGAAGACAAACCUGUGCGAUACACCAGACGCACCUCCUAACCAGAUUCUGAUUCAGCCCAGAGGAGAUGGCGCCCUCUUCCUGUGGAGCCAGUACGACUCAAUUAACUUCACGUCAGAGUCUCUAUUCCUGUGGAAACUGAUGUCUUAUUGUAUAGCCAAAGCUUUUGUCUUAUUGCAUAGAUUUUACAUGUUUUCUUCGGCUUGCAAAUGCAUGCAGCAGUAGAAUAAUAUUGUCAGACAUUACAAAGAACUUUGUCAUUUUAAAGGUUUCUAAGCUAAAACAUUUUUUGUCACAUACAGCAAACAUCACCUCACAAUCCGCUAGCUUCCUGUCCCCUGAAUACACUGUAAAAAAAAAAAAUCAAGGUCUCUGUAGACAGCCCAGGUUCCGGAAACGGCAACAAAUACAGCCUGGUGCAGCCUGGGCUUGCUGUUGUAUGGAAUGUAUGGGAGUUGGUGGCCUGGAGUUUUUAUUGAUGUGUAAUUAUAAAAUAAGUAAAAUCCAAAUUAAAAAGUAAAAUCCAUACCUUUAUUAUUACAGUAUUUCUUGAUUGCUUACAUGCACUUAAUGGUCCUGUGAUCUGCUUGACCUUGAGCCUCACCUAUGGGCACAGCAGAAGUCAUGUGUUAUCACUUUUUCAUCGGUUUAACACAUUUAUCAGAUCCUUUUCCAAAACAUCUAACACAGUUCUCAUACAGAGUCCAAGCUCUAUUGGAUUAACUGUGUUGAACAAAUGGAAAGCAAUUACUCACAUCUAAUUAAUAUUGCUUGCAAAAUUAUUAACUUCUAAUGUCACUGUGUGACACUUUGCACAAUUCUUCAAUCAGCAAUCAUUCGUUAUCCAUUUGCAAGCAUAGAUCUAAGGCACAUUUAGAGAAAGUAUUGAGACAAUACAAAACCUGACAUGUCAAGAUGUUUAUUGUAGGUCUCUAUUUCAAGUUGUAGUUCAAUGUAUGAAAUGUGUCUUUUAGGUACUUAUAGUCCUACAUGUCAAUGACAGUUACAUCUUGGGAGGAAUGAUAACAAUUCAUUUUAUUCAAUACAUUAACUACCAUACCAUACAAAUUAGAUACCAUACAAAUUAGAAAAAAAUGACACGUACAUGUAUUUUGUUGUCCAUUGUGUAAUGAUUGAUUGAAAGCAUAGUGAUUUGACUACAAGUUGUGUUGUUUGAAGGUAAAAAAAAACAUGUUUUUUUUGCUGAUUUUUUAAACAUGUUUUUUGAACAUGAGUGCAAAAUGUAUAAUUUUGGCCAGAGUGCUUUUGUUUAGAUUUAUAUGUUAAUUGUUUUGAAAACUUAAUGUCUGAGUUGACACAAGCAUUAAAGUGAUCAAGAAAAAAUGUAAUCGAGCAAGGCCAAGUUAGUUCAGCUGGUUGAAAAAACAAAACAAAACAAAUCCUGUCUUGUCACCUGGAUGUAUAACUGCAAGCACACCUGCCAUUGUCUGGAAAUAGGCCAAAGAGAGAGUUGUGACACUGUUUGAUGUUGCCGCCACGCGAUCAAAAGUUCCAAAAAGCCUGUGUAGAAUGGCUGUAUGGCAGGAGGGUGGGAUGUAUUUCUGAUGCUGGGGGGCAUAUUUAGCGUAAAAUCUGUGGGUAAAUAAUGCUACUUCUUUUAUGUUCAACACACUUCUCUGUUAUUUUAUAUUCUGAGGAUCCACCCCAUAAAUGGUGUGAUGACAUAUAAGUCAUGAAACCCGACACCGCCACACCGCUCACAUUAUCAGUUAUACUGAGAAAGAUCCACCCCAUAAAUGUUGUGAUGACGCAUACGGGUUACGUCUCAGUUAAUGUGCCAGUAGGCCAUUGUUUCAUCUGUAUUCUGGAAAAUCUAUCUAAACUCAACACAAUCGUUGAAAAUCCCUACUAAGCCUGAGCAUUGUCUUGUUGCAGAGAGAGGGAAACAUUUCACAAUUAGUGAUAUUCCCUUCUCUUAUUUUUGCCAUUUCACAAAGAAAGUGUUUUGCAAUUACCAGUCGAACAAUAGAUGAGUAACCUGAACUGUGUACUUUGAAUAUGACCAUUCACUGAAAAACACUAUAAAUAAGCAGAGAAAUGGUAAGUAUACAUCAUUCAGAAUCUCCUGCUCAGAAGCGAAGAUCCUGCUCCUUCUUGGACACUACACACAUACAAAGACAGUGAGUGCCUUUCAGACAAAUCCCAAGAUAUUUUAAAGCAGCAUAUUUUCAAAGUAUUAAUGUCAUAAAGAAACACCUCAAACUACUAAAAAUAUACUAAACUACUAAAAUUAUAGACUACUAACUACAUGUUGUGUCUUCUUGCAGACAUGUUUGCGCUGCUGGCCUUGUGUCUUCUGUGCUCCAGUGCCUGGGCUCAACACCAGACGGAUCGGUACUCUUUCUCUGAAACCGUGGGCAGCGGCACCGGAACCCGGUAUGCCACGCCUGGAACGGGCCGCAUCACCGCUGUUAGAAUGUGGGAGCAGAACAACAACAUUGUCACUGGGUUUCAGUUGAAGUAUGGCUUCGCCUGGAGUCCUCAGGUCGGCCGCAACACCACCAACCUUGUGGAGAUGUCCCUCUUUAAGGGCGAGGCCAUCGUCCAGGUAUCAGGGAAGUACAUCCCCAGCAACUUCAUCUCCCUGCUGCAGUUUGUGACCAACAGGGGCCGUGUCCUGGCAGCGGGCCAACCUCAGGGCCUGUCCUUCAGCCACUACGGCACCAACAGCGAGAGCGAGCUGAGGAUCCUCAGCGGGCGUGCCAGCAGAGCGGGCAUCACCUCCCUAGGUGCCCAAUUUGACAGUAUGGACGAUAUGGGGUACGAGACGCAUGGCACAGGCAAUACCACUACCAUGGUGCCUUUUCACUAAGGGCCACCUUUCAUUUUAAUUAUGUCAAGCUCAGCUCUUACAUACUCAUAAAAGUCUUUAAUUUAAUCUUUAGUUUAAUAAUUUAAUCAUUUAAAGUCUGUCAAGAUUAGUAUUUUGUAUGUUGAGUAAACGUUUGAGAAAAUUACAUCUUCUCAUAUUGGGUUCACAUAAUGUCCAUGCUGGUUGUGGUUUGUUUCGUGACAAAUGCUAUGAAUUAAUAGUAUUAAAUGUAUUAAAAUAUGACUGAUUGAAAGACAUUAAACAUUCAUUAAAAGGCAAAGUCUUUGAUUACCUAUGAUGACACAUCACAUUAAAUAGUUUAAUACUUCUAUUUUAAGAUUCACAUGAGGGGAAAUCAAUGUUCCAACACUUUUAGUUUGAAAAUUAUUUUCGGACUGUAUCACAGACCAACCCUUACAAAAACUACACUAGAGGCAAACUAUCAGCAAAAAAUACACUAGAGGCAAACUACCAGCAAAGUUCUGGCAACAAUGAGAAGUUUGCCACUAGUGGCAAAUAUGUUCGCCAGUGAUUUGCCACCACACUUAGCCAGUAGACGGCAACAGUCCCACCCCCUGCUGAUUACGGAAGUAAGAAUUCAAUACAAUUUCUCAAUUGACAACUGGAGUAUGAUGUUUAAAUUUAUAUGUCGUUCUGUUUAUGACUCCUAUGUUUGCAUGUGGCCAUUGUUUUGAACCUAUGAUCUUCCUUGUCAAAAAAG